AUGAAUCCUUCUAUUGAUGUGGUCGUAGGCGCAGGUGACGAAUAUCUUCUAUUAGCGUUGCUGUCAAUUGAGUCCAAUUUUAGAUGUGCGAAAAAUGCCAUGCGCCCUUGGUUAAGGUGCCACCUCACACGUACAGCGAGUUAUAACAGUAGGUAUCAAUCAAACCAAGGUAUAAAACCCAAACUAACUAAAAAAAAUGAAGAUACUCAAUAUAUAUGUGAGUAUUGUAAAAAGGCAACAAUUGAUGUUACGCUAAGGAAACACUUGGAACCACAUGAAAAUUCAUCUAGCAGUCUAGCCUCAGAACUAUCUGACAAUGAAGUUAAAGAUCCUCCUUUAAUAACAGAACAUGCAAAUGACGAAGAAGAUAAACCUAAGGAGCAAAAUCCAUACAAUAAUUUUUGA